UUCCGAGUAAGGUUAAUUAGUUGCAUUUCUUGUUUUUUGCUUAGAUGUAACAAUUGUGUUUUGGAUUAGUUGGUACUUCGCUAUUUGUCUUCAUAUUUUAAAAGGAAAUUAGGUAAUGGCGGCGGUCUUGAGAAAAUGUGUGAGCACACUGCAACGGAAUAAUUUUCUGGGUAACCUUCUCAAGGCUACUACUGUAAAUGGAAGCUUGGCCUCCAGCACCAAAAGGCAUUUGUCCAUUCAUGAAUACAACAGUUUUGGAAUACUGAAAAAUGCUGGAAUAAGAAUUCCUGAAGGUACUGUUGCAAGUACACCUGAAGAAGCUUUUGAAGUUGCCCAAAACUUGCCAACCCGAGACGCAAUUGUCAAAGCUCAAGUACUAGCAGGUGGAAGAGGCAAGGGACACUUUACCGGUGGCCUACAAGGAGGAGUUCAAAUAGCAUAUUCGCCCGAAGAAGUUCGUGAUCUUGCAAAACAAAUGUUGGGAAAUAAACUUAUCACAAAACAAACAGGAGAAGAUGGCCUCGUUUGCAACAAAGUUCUUGUUGUUGAACGAAGAUAUCCAAGAAGAGAAUUUUAUUUUGCAAUUACAAUGGAAAGGGGCCUAACAAAAUUUGGGCCUGUCAUGAUUGGCAGUUCGGCAGGUGGAAUGAAUAUCGAAGAAGUUGCAGAGAAAACACCUGACAAGAUUGUCAAGCAGUAUAUUGAUAUUAUGCAGGGAAUAACAAAAGAACAAGCUCUAUCCAUGGCAGAGAGCAUGGGCAUUCCACAGGCAGCUUGUGAUGAAGCAGCUGAAUAUUUUAUCAAACUUUACAAUUUAUUCUUAGAAUCUGAUGCGACUCUAAUUGAAAUUAAUCCCUUAGCAGAAGAUUCAGAAGGUCAUGUUAUAUGUAUGGAUGCAAAAUUAAAUUUUGAUGAUAAUGCUGCUCAUCGUCAGAAAUCAAUAUUUGAAAUGCGGGACACAUCACAAGAAGACGAACGUGAUGUGACAGCAGCACAACUAAAUAUUAAUUAUAUAGGCCUCGAUGGAAAAAUUGGCUGUCUCGUAAACGGCGCAGGUUUGGCUAUGGCUACCAUGGAUAUCAUCAAACUUCACAACGGUUCGCCUGCUAAUUUUCUAGAUGUAGGUGGUGGUGCGACUGCAACACAAGUCAUGGAGGCUUUUAAAUUAAUCACUUCUGAUAGUAAUGUUCAUGCUGUUUUGGUUAAUAUAUUUGGUGGCAUAAUGAGAUGUGAUGUGAUAGCCCAAGGAAUUUUGAAAGCAGCUGAAACACUAGAUUUGAAAAUUCCAAUUGUUGUCAGACUUCAAGGUACAAGAGUAGAAGAUGCCAAAGCGCUCAUUGCAACAAGUGGUCUUAGAAUUUUAACCUGUGAUAAUUUAGACGAAGCUGCAAAAAUGGCUGUGAAGUUGUCAUGCAUUGUAGAACUUGCUCAGGAAGCUCAAGUUGAUGUGAAAUUUGAAUUGCCGAUUUAAACCAUGUUCCUCAUACUGUUCAAUUGAAAAGAAAUAUAUUAUUGCUUCAUUAUUUUUUUGAGACAACUUUAUUUGCAAUCCCGUUCCUGAAUUGAGUUUGAAGAACCAACCCUUGAGUCUAUACUGUCUAUACUGUUCAUUCCAAACUAUAUUGUGUUUGGUGUUCAUUUCCCAUGCUGGUGAAAAAUCUCAACUCCAUUUGUGCAAAUCAUACGUUAUAAUAUGUGGGAUACUCUGGUUAUGUUGAUAUUUUCUCAAUUACCUUGUUUGAAAAAGGCACAGUUAUUUUAAGUGUUAUGAAAUAUCUCGAUAUAGUUCUCUAUUGACUCUGUUUUACUAACUGUUCGAUAGGAUGUGUUGACUCGAACAUGUACAACCAUUGCUUGUGGUUUCAACAAUUCUUAAAGUGUCUUGUAUGCUUGGAUUACAUGUCGUACAUUGAU